CACUUGUCACGUGGUUUAAAAACUUCAGCAGGAUGGCGCGGAAACGCCACACAGGACCACUCUGCUGAGCUCUCAGUUUGUGAGGGUUUAUUUACUUUUUCUACAGACGCAACUGACAUUAUCAACCAUGAGUGUGCUGGAGGUGAAGUUCAUCGGGGAUGGAGAUGUUUUGGAGCACAUCGUGGACAAACAGGAAGCUCUGCAGAGCAGCAGCAGCUCUGUUCAGAGGAUGGUGAAGUUUAAGAGUCCAGCUGCUCGACGGGGAGGCAGAGACGAUGCAGAGCAGGACGGGGAUGAAAACGGAGUCCUUGAUGAGCAGAAUUACAUCCAGGCUUUAGGAACCGUCAAUGGAGAAGAAGAUGACGAUGCCUUAUCAAGAGUGGCUGGAUCCUCCAUUUUCACUUUUCAGAAAGUCAGACGUGGCCACGGCAUGGCUCAGACUGCAACUGAGUUGGCCCGGACCCCUGGAAAAAGUGUGACCUUUAGCACGACCCCGAACGUCCAACCCUGCACUCCCACCCGAACAGGCCGCAACCAGAGAGGUGGAAGCAGGACGCCACAGAGGAGGAAGAAGGUCCAGUUUGUCUCUACAACACCACACAGACUCAGGAAGAGAAUGACAACUCCGAGUCUCCGAUCAGACAGCGACAGCGAUCUGUCGCCCUCUGACUCCGGGGAGGAGGAUGAUGAUGAAGAGGGUCUGGAGGAAGAGCAGAAAGUAAUAAAGAAAGAAGACAAGGAGAACCUGAAGAACCCAAGAACCCCCAGUAAAGGUCUAUCUGCAGCUCUCUACAAGACUCCAGCCAAGAGGAGCAAGAACACACCUGAGCCUGUGAACCAGCCCACCAUGAUCGAGGAGUAUUUUGAAGCUCACGGCAGCUCAAAAGUCUUGACAUCAGAUCGUACACUUGAGCGUCUACACACUCCUAAACUCGACAGGGAGACGUUGGUGCGGCUCUUAGAGGGAAAACCAUCCUGCUACUCAAAAGAGAUCCAGCAGCUGCACAACAAACACCGAAAGCACUUUAGCAAAUGGAUGUUACAGUUACAGUUGGGAUUCAGUGUUCUGGUCUACGGCUUGGGCAGCAAAAAAGCUCUGCUGGAGGACUUCCGCGUGUCUCAUUUAUCUCAAGAAAUUCACCUGGUGGUCAAUGGAUUUUUCCCUUCUAUUACACUGAAAUCAAUAUUAAAUGCGCUGACAUGUGACGUUCUCGAGCACCAGGGAAGUUUCCGGACCCCCUCAGACCAGAUCCAGUUCAUUGCUCAGACCCUUAAAGACAGCCCAGAUCUCCACGUGUACCUGCUCAUCCAUAAUAUCGACGGACCGAUGCUGCGAGGAGAGAAGACCCAGAGUGCACUGGGGCAGCUGGCAUCCCUCCCCAAUCUGCACCUGGUGGCUUCUUUGGACCACAUCAACGCUCCAAUGGUGUGGGACCAGUUUAAGCAGAGUCAGUUCAACUGGCUGUGGUGGGAGUGUGUCACAUUCCAACACUAUGCAGAGGAGACGUCAUACGAAAACUCUCUCCUGGUGCAGCAGACCGGCGCCCUCGCUCUGUCCUCGCUCACACACGUGCUCCGCAGCUUGACACCCAACGCGAGAGGAAUCUUCAAACUGCUGGUAAAAUUCCAGCUGGAGAACAAAGACAAUCCUUCAUACACAGGAUUGUCAUUCCAGGAUUUCUACCAGCGCUGUCGAGAGGCCUUCUUGGUGAACUCUGACCUCACACUGAGGACUCAGCUGACCGAGUUCAGAGACCACAAACUGAUACGGACACGCAAGGGUGCAGAUGGAGUGGAGUAUCUGAUCGUUGCUGUGGAUGCGAGCACGUUGAUGGACUUCCUGGAGAACGAGGAGGGAGACUGACGAGACAAAACUUCAGACUUAUUAACUCUCUUUCCUGCAGAAACUUUUGCUGAAUCAGGCUGUUCCAUCUGAUUAACGCGGUUCAAACUCUGCACAGCUUAAAUUAGUGGUUUAAAUUAAAUUACUAGUAAGAUGUUUUGACUUGUCCUAAAUGCCCCAUUAGCACUGUGACAUUCACAUUGUGUUUUGAUGUACACAUGUUUACAGCUCUGUGUAAUUAAAAGCAACACUUGAAUGAA